AUGGAAACUUUGACAACUGGCACCGGUGUCACUACUGAAGAAUUUACUUGGGUAACUCCAACUGCUCCUAUGAAUAGUACUGGCAUUUCCGCUGUCACAAUAGCGCCCGCGACCAGCGUGGACACAGAAACCAGCGUUGUUCCCUCUGCAACGACGGCUAGCACGUUGAUGAAUGCUAACGCCUUGACCAGCAUGCCUAUGACGCCGAUACAGUUGGCAACAAGUCCUACCGCUGGUAACGUAGUGGUGAGCACAAUCACCACCAUGUCCAGCAAUGUAUCUACUUCAACGGUUUCUUCAACCAGUGGGACGGCAAUGUAUGUCAACACUACUUCGGCUGUGAUAGCAACUGUUCAAUUGAGUACACCUACAACGGCCACAUUUUCGAAUUCAAUUUCGAGUGUAAUAUCAUCCACUGUCCUCACGACAUCAUCGAUCAGUAUUGGUUCAAGUUCUUUGGUUACGACAGCUGCGACAAUAACAACGACAAUAUCCACCUAUUCUCCUGAUGCGUGUCGCAAUUUCUCCAAUGUGGCGCUAGCUAACGGUACUUGUGUUCCCUACAACGUUGGACAGAAUUACUCUGCAGGAAUAAUUAACAAUGGUUCUGCUAGUUCCUUAGAUAUAGCUAAUGCUUUGUCGUUAUAUAUUUCAUCGUUUUCGAAUGCGAAUUCCUCGAACAGUACUAAUAGCAUUCUGUCCGCUAGUGAAAUCGACAAUGCGGUUAGCAGAACGAAUGGUAUUAGUGUUACAAUCAACUCUGUUAAUUCUUUCCUUAUUGCUCAACAAUUAAAUCAAAGUUCAAAUAAUAUUGUAUUGGGUGGAACAUUUCAACGAGGUUCGGGUGGAAACUCUGUCACAGAUUCUACUAUGAAUUCCUCUAUAAGUACAAACUUUACCGUGGGUGCUGUUAUUAGCAGAGAAUCAUUGCGAAAUGUGAGUUCUCUGGAAAUGUUUAUUAUAGAUAAACCAACUAUGUACGAAAAUGUUGACAAUAAAACAAAUAAGUCACUUGCCUCUUCGGUUGUCAUUGGUUCAGUUCAACCACUGGGUUCUGCAUCUGUUCCAAUGAAUAUUUCUUUAUAUUUUAAAAUAUCACCAGAGUAUCAGCCUAAUGUAAGUGCCACAUAUCUAUGUUCGUUUUAUGACAUCAGUAACUCGCGUUGGAACGAAACUGGUUGUACCAAUCCACUAUUCAAUCCUGCAUUCAGCCGAUAUGAAUGUAGUUGUAAUCAUCUAACUUCGUUUGCUCUUAUUUGGCUGC